CCACGACAUCGAUUCACCACCCGUUCUUCAUUCCUCUUCAAGACCGCGAAAAGCAAAGACGCGAAACCAGCACCAUGGACGACCGAACCAUCGACUUAAUUUUCGCCGGCUCCCUCGAAAACCUGCCCCCGGUGAGCUCGAAAAUCGUCCGAAUUUUCACCAGCUCCACGUUCACAGACACCACGAUGGAAAGAAACACCCUCAUGGCCAAGUGUUACCCGAAAAUCAAGGACUACUGCCGCGAAAAGCACGGGCUGGAAUUCCAGGUCGUGGACAUGAGGUGGGGGGUGAGGGAUGAGGCCACCGACGAUCACAUGACUACGGAGCUGUGCAUGAAGGAGAUCCAGAACUGUCAGAGGCUGUCCAUGGGGCCGAAUUUUGUCGUGUUUCUGGGUCAAAAAUACGGCUACCGCCCCAUCCCCACCUACAUCCUCUCCUCCGAGCUGCAGAUGAUCCGCGACGAACUCGCCGCCACCGGCCACGACGCCACCCUCAUCGACACCUGGUACCGCAAGGACAGCAACGCCGUCCCCCCCAUCUCCGUCCUGCAGCCCAUCUCCUCCAUCCUCAUCAACUUCAACAACAAGCGCAUCCCGAAGCUGCAAGCCGAAGACCAGGCCAAGUGGUGGGACACCCUCAACAAGUUCCAGAAGCUCUUCCGCAAGGCCGCCGCCUCCUUGUACCAGCAGAACAAGAUGGACCCCGACGCCAUGCACAACUACUUCAUGUCCGUGACCGAGCGGGAGGUCAUCAACGGCAUCCUCAACGUGAAGAACACCAAGAACCACUGUCUGGCCUACAUCAGGAUGAUCAACAACAUCAACUUGCAGAACCUGAAGAAGGCGUCUCUGUUCGUCGACAUCAUCAACAGAAGCUUGGACUCCGAGUCGGCGAAGCUGUUGGCGAACCUGAGGGACGAGCGUCUGCCGGCGAAAAUCGAGAGCAGCAACAUGCAGAAGUACACGGUGGAGUGGAUCGGGCGCGAGGGGUUGGACAACGAAACACACGAAGACUACUUGAAGCACUUCAUCACCCACUUCUACAAGAACAUCGUAAAACUAGUGGAUCGAGCCAUGCGGAAAGAAGACUCCAGUGCCCAGGGUCAGAUCGUCACGGAAAUCCUCCAGCAUCUGCACGCUUGUAACAACUCAGUUAAAGUUUUCUACGGGAGAGAAGAGAGUCUGGAGCACAUCCACCAGUACAUGACCAACGACUCCGACAAGCUUCUGGUUCUGUACGGGGAAGGAGGUUGCGGGAAAACGUCGCUUCUGGCCAAAACCGCCAGCAUGUCCACCAGUACUGAGUGGUUUAAGAACGCCAAACCCAUUAGUAUUAUCCGCUUCUUGGGCACCACUCCAGACUCGUCUGCUUUAACGCCGACUUUAAUUUCCAUCUGUCAGCAGAUUUCGUACAACUUCAUGCUUCCGUUUGACGGUAUCCCGGACGAUUUGGUGCCUCUAACGGCGCACUUUAAGUAUCUGCUGACGCUUGCCACGAAGGAGCAGCCUUUGGUGCUCUUCCUGGAUUCCGUGGAUCAACUAACCGGGACCCAGGACGCUAAUAAAGUGUCAUGGCUGCCGACGAGAUUGCCACCAUAUUGUAAAAUCCUGGUGUCGUGCGCGUCCGAAGAAAGCAACCCAGAAGUGUCCAGAGAGUACCACAUUCUGCGCCGGAUGGUCGACGUGGAGGAGAACUUCAUCGAAGUGAAAGCUCUUGGCGAAGAGUUGGCCAUGAAAGUCGUCAAGAUGUGGAUGAGGACGGCCUGUCGCGACUUGACCAACUACCAGUGGCGCCUCGUCUCCAACGCCAUCGAAAAGUGCAGCCUGCCCAUCUUCGUGAAGCUCGUCUUCGCGGAAAUCUGCAGGUGGCGCAGUUACACCAAGAGUCAAGACACCCACCUCGCUUCCACCGUCAUGGACUCCAUCAUGAUGUUAUUCGAACGAAUCGAGAAACAGCACGGGAGAAUCCUGGUCUUCCACGCUUUAGCCUACAUCACCGCCGCCAAAAGCGGCCUGUCUGAGUCCGAGCUCGAAGACUUGAUUUCCCUCGAUGACAAAGUCCUGGACGACGUGUACCAGUACCAUUUACCGCCCGUGCGGAGAAUCCCGCCGUUGUUGUGGACCCGCAUCAGGAACGACUUACCCAACUACUUGUCUGAGCGGGAAGCCGAUGGGGUCAGCGUCAUGAACUGGUACCAUCGUCAGUUCCGGGACACCGCGAAGGAGCGCUACUUCAAGAACAUGAACAUGGCGAUGUACUUCCACUCCAUGAUCGCCGACUACUUCCUAGGGAUUUGGGGCGGCGGCAAUCCCAAACCUUUCAAGUACACCGAAAUCCAAAGACACAGAUUCAACCUAACCGACAAAGAAGGCGUCGCUGAUCGUAAAGUCCCGGUUCAACCUCUGGUUUUCUACAGCAAGGAUGGUAAAGUCUCCAGGUACAACCUCCGGAAGUUCGGCGAGCUUCCGUUCCACCUGGUGCGCUCCAGACGCUUCAAGGACCUCUACGAGAACGUUCUCUUCAACUACGAGUGGCUUCAUGCCAAGUUGUCGAGCUGUCCGUUGCAGGCGGUGUUGGCGGACUACGAAGAUGCUAGUAACCACAUCGAGGAUAAGGAUGCGAAGAGGGAGUUGAUGCUGGUGGCUGAUGCUCUGCGUCUGGGGGGUGCUGUCUUGGGGCAGUACCCCAACAUGCUGGCGCCGCAGCUCAUAGGGCGACUCUUGCCAGAAGUGGGGAAGAAUCCGAAUAUAAAAAUGUUGCUGAAUGAUUGUGAUAUUAAGGGUCCGGUGCAUUGUUCGUUGUUGCCGGUUUACCACUGUCUUCAUACGCCUGGAGGGCCGCUGAAGUACUCGCUGGAGGGGCAUCAGUUUGCGGUUUUUGCGAUUUGUCUCACUUCGGAUUAUAGAUAUGUCGUAUCUAUUUCGAAUAGGUUCAUAACGUGGGAUUUGUCCACUAGUGAUUUGACUAGGGAUGUGAAUCCUAACAUAGAGGGGAUCAUGCAGCAGCUGGUACUGAGUCCGGAUAAUAAGUGGGCGGCAGCUUACACCAAUAACAACCAGACGGUGCUUCUGAACAUGCUGUCCAGCGAAUUCGUCCUCACCGACAACCCCCUCCCAGAAGACCAAGCCGUCUGCGGCAUCUACCUCCUCAACCGCAACCUCUACAUCUAUGGGACUUCCUCUUGGGUGAAGUUCGAUAUGCGCGGCAACCGAGAGGACGACUUCUCCGCCACGGUGGACCGAACCGAGUGGCAAAUCCUAUCCAUGGAGUUCGACAACCCCACCCAGCACCGGAUAAUCUUCUGGAAGGGCAACCUCGACGACCCCCGCAUGCUCCUCCACUUCAAGCAAAGCGAAACCGACUUCGAGCCCUUCGACUUCCACAGCGCCAUCGUCUUCUCCAAGGACAAAUCCACGAUGUACGCUUGCACCACCGAGGGCUCCUACGCCGUCACCAAGUACGCGCGCUGCGACGCCGACUCCAGGUGGCAGUUUGAUCAGAAUCUACCCAGGAUGGAGAACGACGAUUCUGAAGUCAUGCUGCAGCUCAAACUGGACAAGCACGACCAAGUUCUUUUCGGUACCACCAGCAACGGUUUCGUCCUGUGGGACUUCAACGACGAGAACAACAUCAGCCGCGAAGCCGUCGUGCUCAAACUCCCCUACGGCACCCGGAACAUCACCACCAGGAUCCUCCAGUCCAACUCCGUCAUGCUCAGCGGCCGCCGCAACUACGCCAUCGCCGGCGUGCGCAAGAACCUCUACGUCUGGAGCAUGCAGGACUACAAGCUGGUGAAAAUCCUGGACGCCCACUUCGGCCGGAUCAUCCAGCUGGAGGCCCUCACCGUCGGCAACUGGAACAGCAUCGUGACGUCGUCGAUCGACCGCACCGUCAAGGUGUGGAACAUCAACAACAUCUUCGAGCAGGUGCACGUGAUCGACAGGCACGAGCUCCAGGUGGACUCCAUCAGCCUGUCGGACGACUUGAGUCUCGCGGUGACGGUUACGAGGAACUGCGUGGGGGUGUGGGACCUGAGGGUGGGGAAGCUGAUGGCCAGACUAGCGGACAGUCCUCUGGGGGCGAUUGUGACCCAUGCCGUCAUCACUCCGGACGGGAAGUACAUAAUUUCCGCGGAGUCGGGGAAUUUUUUGGUUUGGUUGAGGUUGACAGAGCAGGUGAUUUACAAGGAGGAGCAGCCGGGGAUAAGGCAGUUGACGCUGAUGAAUGAGGGGACGAAGGUGGUGUCGAUUUCGAAGCCGAGUAAUCCGCCAGGCACGGAUGUGGUGCGGACGGUGGCCACGGUGUGCAUUCGGGAAAUACCAGGUGGGGAGAUGGAGUACAGUUUCGAGUACCCCGUCCGCAGCAUAACCGGAGUACCUUUCAAGCCGGCGGUGAUCACCUCCGACAGCCUCCACCUGGUGGUGGUGGCCGCCGACAAGACCAACCGCGACUGCGUCAUGGUUUACAACGCCACCAACGGAAACCUAGUGCACAAGAUAUCUCUAAAAGCCUCCGGAAUCAAAGACGUGGGAACUCUGGUGGCCAUGCCCCACAAAGGUCACCUCAUAGCCGUCAUGAACAUCGACAAAGGCGGCAUCAUCGACAUUAAAUCAAAGAAGCACCUGAGGAGCGUGCCCAAGUGGGGCGGAAGCGUCACCAAAGACGGAAAGUACGGGUUGUACGCACCUUCGAGAGGGGGUCUGGAGCUCCUGGAGCUGAAAAAGGGUCAAAGUGUCAGGACUUUCAUCCCGAAAGUAGCCGAAGGUGUUUUCACUAUUAUUUGUCUUUUUAAUAAGACGGAUGAGUACGUUUUGUACUACCACAGUGGGCGAAAAACGUUGAGGGUGUUCCGAACUAGUGAUGCUACCAUGGUUGCAAAUUACCGUGUGCAAGCUGAAUUGACGGCUGUGGAGAGUACUCCGGAUGGGAAGGCUCUGGUUUUGGGGACGGUAGAUGGUUGUGUUUCCGUUUUGGCUAUUGUUGAUACGGAUAAUCAAGAACUGGACGAUUAUCUGGCUGAAAUGCCUUCCAGAGACGAAGAGUGGAAGAAAAAAGUGAACAAAAUGAAGGCAGCCACUCGUUUCAAGGCCGUCGGCUCCAUCGCGAAACUUUCAACCGUUUUCGCCAACAACGUAACCAACAUCCUCAACUCCGCCGCAGAAGAAAUCAUCGAAGAAGAUUAAACAAUCAAUAAAAUAGGUGUUUUAUUUAUUUAUAAUAUUCCCUCAUACAUCAUAUAUUUUACAUUCAAUUAAAAGGUCGUGUCGUAUUUUUGAAAAAAAUUUAAACAGUUUUGGGUGCUUCUAGUAUAUUUUUUAAAAGAAUGUGAAACGUUCGUGGAAGCCCAUAACGUUUCGUGGAAAAUCGUGAAAAAUUUUUGGGGCUCCUGGUGCUUUAUUUUUGAGGGAGUUUGAAACAAUCUUGGAAAGAUUGUCUUUUUAGAAAUGAUAAUCAUAUCAUUUGUGUAUGUAUUUUAUUUGUAUAAUGUAUCGUUAAUCUCCAAUUUGUCAGAAGUUGUACACAU